CUCCUACGUGACGUCAUCCUCUUUCCAUGGCCGCCCUCUUAGCGUCAGCACGCGUGGGUUAGGCUACUUUUCGCAGCUGCUGUGAUACUCCACUCUCUUCAUCAUGGUGAAUGUACCCAAGCAGCGACGUACCCUCUGCACCAAUUGCAAAACCCACAAAACUCAUAAGGUGACCCAGUACAAGAAGAGCAAAGAGAGAAGCAAUGCUCAAGGACGACGUCGAUAUGAUCGUAAGCAGAAGGGCUAUGGUGGUCAGACAAAGCCCAUCUUCAGGAAGAAGGCCAAGACUACCAAGAAGAUUGUGUUGAGGCUUGAGUGCACAGAUUGCAAAUACAGGCAUCACAUUCCCCUCAAGCGAUGCAAACACUUUGAGUUGGGUGGAGAUAAGAAACGAAAGGGACAAAUGAUCCAGUUCUAAGAAGGAAAUGUGUUGAGUGGUCCCGACAGCUGAAGUCACCAAUCUCCUUUCUUUGUAAAGAGAGUUAUAUAUUGAAAAAUCUGUCUGGGAAUAAAAGUGCCCUUGAAUGAAAAAA